GAAACGCCCCUGCCGCCGCGGCCCAAAACCCAGAACCCCCCCACGCGGCCACGCCACGCCUCGCCAAGGAGAGCCCAGGGCAAUGCCGUCCAUGCGCGCGCUCGAGCGGCUCGCCUCGUGGCCGACGCCCCCGCCGCCACCUCCGCCGCCGCCGCCGCCGGCGAAGGCGGCGGCGGCGGAGGCGGAGAGGCCGUGUCCGCCGUCGUCCGCCGCCACCACCUCGUCGUCGUCUUCUUCCUCGGCCUCGGCCGCGCCCGCGGCGGCGGGGGCGCCGCGCGUCUACCCGCUGCGGGACUUCCCGGGGAGGGAGGCGGCGGGGCUGGGCGGCGCGUUCCGGGACAACGUGCGGUGGCUGCUGAGGCAGUGGGGCGGCGCCUCCCCCGCCUCCCCCGCCGCCGGGGGUCCUGGGUCGGCGUCGGCGGCGGUGGCGGUGGCGUGGCGGGUGCUCCUCUCCGACGACCGCACCGGCGUCGUCGUCCCCAUCUUCGCCGUCGAGGAGCCCGUCGCGUCCUCGCCCAAGCCGCUCUGCGAUUACUGCCGCUGGGCGGGUUGGAGCCACCAUUGGGUGUCAAAGCGGAAGUACCAUUUCAUUAUUCCGGCGCCCGCUGACUGGGACCGCCAGCUUGCUGCUGAUGUGAUCCUUGGACGCACCGACCACCUCCUCCAUGGCCUGAUCCACAGCAAUGGUUUUGGUCACCUUGUCAUGCUCCGUGGUCGCGAUGGCGGCUCCACUGCACUAUCUGGCCGUGACAUCAUGGACAUCUGGGAUUGCCUCUGCUCCGCUCUUCGUGCCAGGGCUGUGUCUGUGGUGGACUUUUCCCAGAAACGCUCUCUGGAUCUUCGUCUCCUGCUCAGCGUGGCACAUGGUGACACAUGGUUCACCCGAUGGGGAUACUGCCUUGCAAGGGGUUGCUUCUGUGUGUCUACCUCGACCUAUGCAGCUUCCGUGGAAGCGUUGGCUGCCCUGCCUGUGGACUAUCUUCGCAGCCGUCACGUCCGCCGUGUGGUAACCAUUUACCGCCGCCUAUCCAACAAACCUCUGGUUACAGUCCGUGAGUUCCUCCGCUGCCUCCUUGAUUGGAAGCACCUUGAGCCACCCCUUCAAUUACCUCCUGUGAAGACAUGCACACGGCUGCAAUUCAUGCUGCCAAAGCCAUCUGUGAUGAAGAGACACAGGCAGCAGCCAUGCCAGCGCUUUGAGGAUGUGAUUGACCUGCUCCAGUGUCGCUGGUCCAAGAAGCGGCUUCUUGAUGCUGCAGAGGUUGUUGUUGACAGGCUGCUAGAGCAUGGCAGCGGGGCAGAGAUGACACGGCAGGCGGUGCGAGAUGCUGCAAGGGGCGCCAUUGGUGAUACUGGUCUCCUUGACUUUGUCAUCAAGUCCCUUGGUGAUACCAUUGUUGGCAACUAUAUUGUGCGACGUGUGCCUGAUGCUGAAACACGUGUGCUUCACUUUAGCCUUGAGGAAUAUGAAGAGCCAACACCAGCACUGUUGGAUGUUGAGGUAGAGUGCACACCAUUGCCACCUGUGGUACGGUGGCCUAGCACAGUGGAAGUAGAGCGAGAUCUGCGUGCUGUCUACCGAGCAAUGGUCGAGGUGCGCAGUGAGGCAGCACAGGCUGUGCUGGACUGCAAGCACUGGGUGAAGUGGUGGGGCCUUGGGGAUGAGUCCGAUGACCAGCUGAGGUUUUUCGUUGAGUGGCAACCCCAGCCAUGGGAAGCUGCUGAGCUUAUACGGCCAAUGCCACUGGGGGAGAUUGUGGUGGUACCACUCCAUGCAUCCAUGGGUGAGCUUCUUGUCGAGUCAGAGCAUGCGCUGCGGGACACUUACUACUUCUUUGAGGAAUUCCAGGCUGAAGGGCUGCAUGGCAUUGCUGGGGAGAAAUGGGAUCCAGUGAUGCUUGGUGGGGCAGAGAAUGGUGACACAAUCAGCGUGUAUGGCAAUGGGGCAGACAUGGAAACUGAGCUGCGGUGCCAUGGUGGACUUGACUUGUGGGAGGUGCGGUGCGUGUGUGGUGCGCAGGAUGAUGAUGGUGAGCGCAUGAUAGCAUGCGAUGCUUGCGAUGUAUGGCACCACACACGUUGCGUGGGCAUUGCAGACAGCGAGCCUGUGCCACCAUUAUUUCUUUGUGUGCUCUGCGGUGGUGCGCUCAUGGCGGCUGGACCGAUCAUUCUUGAAGAGGCACUAACGCUACCUGAAAGCCAAGUGACUAUUCUAUUCUUUUCCCCUUUCUUACUUCCCUUCGGUUCAUAUUUCCAGUGACGAUAGUCUGACGAGGUAAACUUAGUUCUGAAACUGCAACUUAUGGUGUAAAGUGCGUUGUUUUGGCAGUAUGUAGUAACUUCUAAUGCUGUGUAGUAAGUAGUAGAUGGGAAGCGGGUUUAGACAGUAGACUUGGGGAAGCCCUAUCCAUGUCGUUAGCAAUUCGACUGGAAAUUUUGUACCUGAUACACUACAGAAGAUGAUAUAGCUAGAUGUAAAUACAUGUUCUGUGAUUGUAUCUUUUACGGCCUCCCAGUCCCAAUUGGUGAAGCUAUACAGUGUAAUUUUUUGUGCUAGGUAUACAAUGUAAUUUAGCAUCAGCAAUGACAAAACUGUAUCUUUCUUCUGUGCUGGUGUUUGCUUUCUUGUUAGCCA